AAGUGUCUUUCUCAAUCCAGAACCCUCCUCUCGCUGUGCCUUGUUCCUCAAGACCACAAACAAGCCGAGCUUUCUUCAAUAAGAAUCAAAUCACGUUACAGCGAUCUCAUCUUCGUCGCCUCCUCAUCACCUGCUCGCUCUCCACAGGUGUAUAGGAAUUUUUCACUAGAUCCUUAAUCUCAAGAUGGAAGCACAAAAAAGUAAAUCCAAAGAGUCACCAUCAGUUGAUCCAGCCAUGGCCUCAUGUCGAAAGAAGAAAUCAGAUGAUGCCAGUUUCAUGGAGGAUCUGAGAGACCACAUUGAUGAAUUCAUUCAUGCUUCGAUGGAUGAGCAUAAGAGUUGCUUCAAGAAGACUAUUCAGAAGAUGUUUGGAAUGUCUAAGGUGGUUGCGCAGAGGGCUUCGGAAACUAAAGAAGUCGAAAGUUCUUUGCCACUUCAGACAACUGUGGCCCAGGAGGGUAUGUGAGACCAUGUUUCUGCUGUUUCCUGCACAAUUUAUAAGCUAGUCAUAUGCUACAGGGUAUGUUGGUAUGAAUAAGCAGUUGACAUUUUUGUUUUGCUUUGCUUUGCUUAUGUUGCUUAUAGUACCUGAUUGCACUCUCAAACAUGUUUAGGUGAUAUAUGUAAUCUUCAUGUUUUCG